AUGGAGAUCUUCAAGAAACUGGAGAUCAACAUACCCUUCUCAGAGGCCUUGCAGCAAAUGCCUUCGUAUGCAAAAUUUCUGAAGGAACUCCUCUCUAAGAAAAGGAAGUACAUUGAAGAGGAAACAAUUGAGGUACAGGGAAACUGCAACGUCAUAAUAGAAAAGCUAAUACCUCCCAAAUUGAAAGAUCUAGGAAGUUUCACCAUUCCCUACACUAUAGGGAAUAUCUAUGUUGGGAAGGCACUAAUUGAUUUAGGGGCCAGUAUCAAUCUCAUGCCACUCUCCAUGUUUAAAGAAAUUGAAGGUUUGGAACUUAAGCCCACUCGGAUGACUCUCCAGCUAGCAGAUAGAUCUCUAAAAUAUCGUAAUGGGUAG